CGAUAAGCGAAAACAGGAUAACUCCAGUUAACAUGAUUAUUGAGAAACACCAUUAUAACGUUUUCAAAUAUACUGGACUUACCGCAUAUUUGCUUAUUUUAAAUUUCAUUUAACGAUGGGUUUUAAUAGGAAAUACGCUAUUUUUACAUCAAAAAUCAGUGUAAAACCACUAAUUUUAUCUAUAGGAACAAAAAUAUCAUUUUUACGAAAAAUGUUGUUAUCCUAUUUUCGCUUAGCACGGCGGAAUACUAUCACUGUGUACUACUCAAAAAUCCAUUACUUUUUUGAAUAAAUUUCAAUAUAGGUCAGUGUUAUAAACA